CGCUAUAGCAGCGAACUAGGCAGGCCAACUUGCAGAGUGCAGCUCAGCCUCGACAGCGGCUGCUUCCUACUGGGGGUCUUCGGAGAGCAUCGCACUCCAAUGUGCGCUGCUGUGCCCGCUGGAUGUUGAAAUCGCGCCGUGCGCCUCGCCAGGAGCCACCAUGUCCAACCCAACCCACGACCCGUUCUACUCGUCUCCGUUCGGACCCUUCUACAGGAGACACUCGCCCUACAUGGUCCAGCCCGAGUAUCGGAUCUACGAGAUGAACAAGCGGCUGCAGGCGCGCACAGAGGAAAGUGACAGUUUGUGGUGGGACGCCUUCGCUACAGAGUUUUUUGAGGAGGACGCCACUCUCACGCUCUCCUUCUGCCUCGAAGAUGGACCAAAGAGAUACACGAUCGGCCGGACGUUGAUACCCCGUUACUUCAGCACGGUGUUUGAGGGUGGGGUCACCGAGCUCCACUACAUCCUCAAACACUCCAAGGAGUCCUUCCACAACUCCUGCAUCACCCUGGACUGUGAUCAGUGCACCAUGGUCACCCAGCACGGGAAGCCAAUGUUUACAAAGGUUUGUACAGAGGGUCGUUUGAUACUGGAGUUUGCCUUUGAUGAUCUGAUGAGGAUCAAGACGUGGCACUUUACCAUCCGGCAGUACCGAGAGCUCAUCCCCCGCAGCAUCCUGGCCAUGCACGCACAAGACCCUCAGGUGCUGGAACAACUGUCCAAAAACAUCACUCGCAUGGGUUUGACCAACUUCACCCUCAACUACCUCAGGUUGUGUGUCAUCCUGGAGCCCAUGCAGGAGCUCAUGUCAAGGCACAAGACCUACAACCUCAGCCCCCGGGACUGUCUCAAGACAUGCCUAUUCCAGAAGUGGCAGAGAAUGGUAGCCCCACCAGCUGGACACCCACAGAACUUCAAAACGGAAAUAUUUCCCACAAAUCACAAAAAAGGUCGCGCCAAAGCUGAGCCCGCCCGACAGACAACCACGAAGAGGAGGAAACGGAAGAACUCAGCCAGCAGCGCCAACAGCAGCGUGGGCACCACCGCCAGCAAGAAACGCAGCCCCGCCACCAACUUCAGCCUCUCCAGUCAGGUACCUGACGUGAUGGUGGUGGGCGAGCCGACCCUGAUGGGCGGCGAGUUCGGGGACGAGGAUGAGCGUCUGAUAACGCGCCUGGAGAACACGCAGUACGACGCCACCAAUGGCCUGGACGACGAGGACGACUUCAACAGCUCCCCGGCUCUGGGCAACAACGCUCCCUGGAGCAGCAAACCCCCCGCCGCCCAGGACAGCAAGCCUGAGAGCACAGCGCCCCAGCCCUCGCAGUAAAACAAAAGAAGAAGAAGAAGAAAACAACAGAUCCUUGACUCCAUGUGGACUGGACUUUUUAACCUCUCCCUCCUCCCCUGAGGGCCGUGCUUCUACGCCUCAUAACAUUGUACUGAAUCAGAAUCUGCAAACUCACCGCUGGCGUGUCCAGCUGAAAAUCUUCUGAAUAUUUUCUUCUUCUCUGACUCACUGUAACAUCUUGGAGAACACUGAGAACUGGCAGCAUUGCACAGCAAUAUCCACAUGUCAAAGACAACAAAUGCGUACGGGACGUAUGCAACUGUAAUGUAAAAAAUACCGAGGCGUGGGCAUUUUUUUUUGUUUCAAGAAUGCAGUGGAAAAUUGUGGAUCAAAUUCUCCCUCAGAUACAAACCUCUCGUCUAGUGGAAUACUACAGCUGUGAUUGGUUGACCUGCAGGUCACGAGUCAUCAUGCUGACAGUAGACAGAGGGGAGAAAAGAAGAAGAAUAAAAACAACAAACAAAAAUGUCUCAAAAAUGGCAAGCUCAACGGUGAGAAGGCAAGGUGUUUUUUUAACAGAGCCAAUGGAAGCGUCUAACCACAUUGGAGACAAAUGAAACAUUGUUUGAGGCAAUUGCAUUUUUAUUGGAAAUUCAGUCGGCUGUUGGUUUGUUUCUGCUGUUGCUGUUUAUUUCCAUUUCCAAUUAAGAGGAAAUAAAAGUUCUCUACCGCUAUGGACUCCUUUCAAACGAGGGGAAAUCGUGUCCUAGGAUUGUUUUUUCCACAUUACUGCGGUCGUCACAGAUUGUGAUUUCAUGCAAACCAGUUUGAUUGUGUUCGUGGUCUAUUGGUAUUUUGCUUCUCUCAGAAUCCUUUGCAGUCACGUUGUAAUUUUGCCGAUCAGUAUGUGAACUUUGCCGACACGCAUUGAUGCAUUAAUGUUGAUUUUCUUUUCUUUUUUC